AUGAAUGAGAGAAUCAUGGGAAGCAAAGUAGAAGUGUUGAUGAUGCCUCCAUCGAAAGAUGCAAAUUCAUUUGGAGAAGCAAUUUAUGGAGCUGGCACAGAUCUCAUCAGAAGUGAAAUGGGUGCUUAUGGAGAGAAGCUCUUAGGUUCAAGCUCAGCCUAUGUGCAAAGCAAUAUUAGCAGAUAUCUGUCCAAUCUUCAGUAUUAUUUUCAAGUGAAUGAUCAGUACGUGAAGAACAAGCUGAAAAUAAUUUUGUUUCCAUUUCUACACAAAGGACAUUGGAUGAGAAGCAUAGAGAAGGUUGGCGGUGAACUCUCUUAGAAGCCUCUUUAUGAUAUUAACGCUCCUAAUCUCUACAUUCCACUCAUGGCAUUUGGUACCUAUCUAGUUCUGGCUGGCUUCUUCUUGGGCAUCAAUGGCAAGUUUAGCCUAGAAGCUUUAAGUGUGCAACUAACAAACGGUUUGCUAUGCUGGUUAUUCCAAGUCCUGCUCCUUGAAGCUACCUUGCACAUGCUAGGAGAUGGAGAUGUGCCUUUGCUUGAUGUUGUAGCCUACGGUAGAUACACAUUCUCGGUGGUGUCAGUGGCUGUUUUGGCAAGGAUUGCUUGCAGAUACUGCUUGUAUACAGUCACAUUGUGGGAAUGCUUUUGCAUGGGAAUGUUCCUUGUUAAGAUCAUGAAGAGAACAUUUCGAAUAUAUGGACUACGUAAAGUGAGGGCGUUACAGAAGCAUUCAAGCAAACGCCACUAUCUUUUGCUUCUUGUGGGCAUUGCUCAAAUUCCAUUGCUCUUUUGGCUUGGCAAUGUUGGUGUUUGA